CCUCGCUGGGCGGGGCGGAGCGCUAGGCGGCGCCUGGGGCUCCGCGGGGACGCCGGCGGCUGUGGCGGGGAGGGCAGCUCGCCCCCGGCCGAGGGACCCCGGCCCCCUGCAGCCCAUUGUCCGCGGGCCCAGCCCCGCGCUGACCGCCGGCUUGGCCCUGCCUACCCCCGCCCCGCACCUCGGCGCGUCUCCCUCGGCAACGCGCGGCGCCCCGGGAUGCAGCCCGCAGGCCGGGCGGCCGUCAGGGAGGCGGCAGGCCGUGACGUGCUGGCCGCCGACCUGCGCUGCAGCUUCUUCGCCUCGGCCCUGCGGAGCUACAAGCGCGACUCCGUCCUGCGGCCCUUCCCCGCGUCCUAUGCCCGCCACGACUGCAAGGACUUCGAGGCUCUGCUUGCAGAUGCCAGCAAGUUACCUAACCUGAAAGAACUUCUCCAGUCUUCAGGAGAAAAAGACCCAUGGGCCUGGGACCUGAUGAGCUGGAUUUUAUCCUCAAAGGUCCUGACAAUCCACAGUGCAGGGAAGUCAGAGUUUGAAAAGAUCCAAAAGCUGACUGGUACCCCUCACACGCCUGUCCCCGUGCCGGACUUCCUGUUUGAAGUCGAGUACUCCGACCCAGCCAACGCCAAAUUUUAUGAGACCAAAGGAGAACGCGACCUCAUCUACGCCUUCCACGGGAGCCGCCUAGAAAACUUCCAUUCCAUCAUCCACAAUGGCCUGCACUGCCACCUGAACAAGACAUCCUUGUUUGGGGAAGGGACCUACCUCACCAGUGACCUGAGCCUGGCCCUCAUUUAUAGCCCCCAUGGCCACGGGUGGCAGCACAGUCUCCUUGGCCCUAUCCUUAGCUGCGUGGCCGUGUGCGAGGUCAUUGACCAUCCAGACGUCAAGUGCCAAACGAAGAAGAAGGAUUCCAAGGAGAUAGAUCGCAGGAGAGCGAGAAUCAAGCACAGUGAAGGGGGUGAUGUCCCUCCAAAGUACUUUGUGGUCACCAAUAACCAGCUCUUGCGCGUGAAGUACCUGCUGGUGUAUUCACAGAAGCAGCCCAGCAGCAGGGCUUCCAGCCAGCUCUCCUGGGUCUCCAGCCACUGGUUUAUGGUCAUGAUCACCCUGUAUCUGCUGCUGCUGCUCACAGUGAGUGUCAUCAACUCCUCAGCUUUCCAACACUUUUGGAAUCGUGCGAAGAGAUAAUCUUUCUGGGCCUGGUGUGGGGGCCACCUCGAUCCCGUGCCUUAUGAUAACUCGUUCUGUACCUCCUGUGCCCCCCAUCCAGCCAGGUCGAGCCUGGGGGCCACUUGGGGACCACAGGACAAUUUUCAUAUGCCAUAAAUGUAUCAAUUGCCUUUGACGAUGCUCUCCGCCACUCUUGUCGACGGAGGGCACUGGCCCCUCUUAGCUUUUGGGGGAGGUUUCCUGUCUGUUCCUUCCUAAACAGUCUGAGGGAGUUGGCUUUUUUGCCAGGGCCAAAGGAGAAAGUCCUGCUGCAUUUGAAAACAACGUGUCCAGGCUGUCUGUGGGGUGUUUACAAUUGCUUCUGGUGGACAUCGGCCCUUCUCUUAACGCCUUCUUGGAAGGCAGAAAAUGUGUAGUGGGGACUAUAAAUCACUAGGCAGUUGCCUUGUUUUGACUUGAGACACCCAAGAGGAACAGUCCUGUUUCUCAUAAAACUCGGUGGGAUCAUUUUGAAUUCCAUCAGCCUUUGUAUGCGAGUGCAAAACACUCUUCACAGUUUUCUCACAUCAACAAACAGUCCUCUGCUACAGCUGUAACCCCUCCACCCAACCGUGGAUGAGAAAGGAAGGAGUCAGAGACCUGAUAAAAACGAUGAGCAACUCAAGUCGUCUUUUUCUAAAAAUUACCAAUUGCUGAUUACAGCCUAAAUGGAACCAAAUGUUUGUUUUCUGAUUUUUUUUUUUUUAAAUAACUGUUUGACAAUUUGUUUUUGUGAGCUAAAAGGGGAAAUUUCUAAACCUAGAGCCCCAUUUGGCCGGUGACCACAGCCUCUUUCCUGGCCGUGCUUUAGAGAAAAAGGAUUUGAGCUGCAGGCCUGCCUCCUGCUCUCGUUCUCACGAAGCUGCCUUGAUCGUGGCCCGUCAGCCGCAAGUGCCCCACUGCAGGCCUUCUGGGGGUGGCCGGCCUUUGAAGCAGAGGCUGGCCUCAGUGUGCCGCAGGUGUGGGGGGGGCCACGCCUCCCUCCCAGGGCCCGCAGGUCUCUGGGACUUGGCCUGAGCUUUAAAUGCGCAGGAAGAGCCUCGGACUGCUCCGAGAGCACUGGUUCUACCUGCUCUACUCUCUGCCCCUCCUUCCCGCCAGGCCCAGCCAUCACGGAGCCCUGAUUUUGGGGGGAGAUUUCUGUAAAGAAGAUGGAAAGUCAUUUUUCUAUAAUUUGUGAAGUUGUGAAAAAGCCACUAUCAUGGUUUCUACAUUGAAUAUUGGAACAUUUCAGAAAUAAUAAAGAUAUUUUUCUAAUUUCCAA